AUGAUGCUUUUCCAUGUGAAUUCACAUCUUAAAUAUGUGCUUAGUGCUCUCCUUGAUAAUCUUGAUUGAAAAUAUAUAAAACUCAAAGCAUUGCAUUUGGCCACCACCGUUGUUAAGUGGAGGAAAAGCGGGAUUUUGGUGGCAUUGUUAACAAAAGCUGACUGCCCAGUGGAAGGAGGGAUUGGUGGUGGGUUUAGAAUAAGCCUGCUGGUUAUUCAAAAGAAGGGGGGAAUGGGCUGAUAAGAUCAGCAAAAAAAAUUAUUUUUGCAAAUCUGGGGAGGCCAAAGAGGACCAUGGAUGGGUGAUUAGCUUAGAAUAACACAAAAGGUGUGCAUAUCCAGGCCAUGACACGUCAGACCCAGGUUAGGUGUUGGUAGUGGGAUAGGACAAGCUCUAGCUUUUUAGCUUUGGCUGUUUUUAAUCCAAAAAGAAUGUUUUCAUAUGUUUGCAGCAGAGUAUCUCCUCUCCUUAGAGCCGGAAAUGAAACAUGGAGUAUCUCCUUUUGAGUUUUGAUAUGAGGUAAAGUGUGGUCUUGGCAGGUGCCAUGUGGACCAGUGCUAAAUAGUGGUUGGCUUGCAGCUGUCAAGCUGAUAGCCUGCAACCCCCCUUUGUGGUUACCUGCAUUAAUAUGAUAUCAUUGCUGUGUAAUGCAGAUGGGAAAUUAAACUAACCUGUCAUUUGAAUCAUCAAACCGAAACGUAUACUGAGACCUUUCUAGGCCCUUUUGAUUGCACAUUCCUAUAAAAUUUCUAUGAACGGCUCAACCUAAAUAUGAUGAGGAAUUUGAGAAUGUUGAGGCUAUACCUCAUGGAAACUUUUGGGGAGCAUCCAAACAUCUUUUGAGGUCAAUAAACUUCUUUGUAUUCUUAUGGAAUUGCGCUGCAUUGGCACUCCUAUAUAGUUGCCAUGUUUUUCUUCUUCGAUCUACCUCACUUCAGAGUUGCAAUGCUUUGGUUCUAGAGAAAAUGACCAUAGGUAGAAUCAUUUGGGCUAUUUUUAAUAUAAUUUGUGAAUGUCCAUGCUAUUAGUUGUUACACUCCUAUUAUUUUUAUGUAAACCAUUCAUUUCAAGGGCUCAUACCAUCCUGAAGAUGCUAACUUACUCGGUUGCUCCCAAAUACUCCCUCCGUUCCAAAUUAUAAGAUGUUCAACUUUUUUUCUUUCUGAAAUCGGAUGUAUAAUGCCCCUGCCUUAAUGUGUUUGUUCACUCAUUUCAGUCCAUAUGUAGUCCAUAUUGAAAUAUCCAAAAAUUCGGAAUGGAGAUAGUACUACAGGGAUGGGGAGAAACCACUUGAGCAUGUCCACAAAAUCUGUAUCAAUAACGCAUGAAAUUCGCCUGCAUAUUCAUGCAUGUAGAUAACCAUGGAAAAUAAGAAGAAACAUCCAUUUUAGAAAGAAAAAAACAGAACUUCUUAGCCUGAAUUUCUUUCUACCCAAAUAGCCCUGAAUCAAAGCAUUUUAUGACAGUUCUGCAAAAUUAUUUCGUGAAAUAUGUUCAAGCAUUUUCUCAAGGAAUAUAAAUGUCCGAGUGGUUGAGUGUCUGAAGCCUUGUGAGUGAAGAGGUAAAAGAAAGCUGUUUGAAAUGAUCGCUGCCCGUUCUGGAGCCGAGACCAGGAUGGGGCAAAGCAGUAAAAAAGGAAGAAGCUGUAAAAAGAAGGGUUGCAAAGAAAGAAAGGGGAAAGCCUGGGCGGAUUUUCACCGACGCCGUGGUGUGUCGCUCAUACUGACACGGAAUCUGUAUGGGGCGGAUCGGAGUCCAAGAUGCGCAACGCCGCCUUUAAUCAGGCUCCAAUUGCCGAGGAAAAUCCGCUUUCUCGCCGGGUCCUCUGCGUUUCGCGCACACACAACCCGACCCGUUACAUGUUUUACUCUUUGGACUGGAAGACGAAUCCGCCUCUCCGCCUCCCGUCUCCAAUCUCGAGAAAAAUUCUCUGGUUUGGAUCAGGUACUGCUGCUUUGCUCUUUGGAACAGCGUCUUGUUCCCCGCUUUGCUUUCAGAAAUGGCUGCAGGGAAAAUCGGAAUAGCACCGAAAUUGCAUACGUUUUUUAUGCCUUGAGAACUUGAACGCUAAAGAAAUCUGGAUUCAUUUCUGGACCGCUGAAGGCAUGGGAUUUUGCUUAGUUUUCUAGAGGAGUUUGAGUGUUUCUAUGGAUGGAAGAGAGAUCAGGGAAGGGAUGCGGCUUGCCCAAGAGGGCCAUAUAAUUAGCGAAUUUACGCGAACCCACGAGGAAUAUCCGCGGCCAAUCUCAAGGAUCGAGAGCUCACGCCCUGAGCCAGGGGGAAUGUCUCUUGAGCAGAGCGCUCGCGAAAAUAUUGAAAGGAGAGCAGGAAAAAGAUAAAGGAAAAGGGAUUCCUUUAGCCACUGCUGCUGAAUUUCCAGUUGUUUUCUCUUCUUCCCUAUGUGCGUGGCGCGCGCGACAAAGGAAAAAGAUGCAGCUUGUAUUCUACCGAUAGAAAAACAAGUAAAGAAGAAAAAAGAUAAGUAAAGCCUCGAAUCUGCUAAAGCAUGUGCGGAAAGCUUCCAGUUAGUUGCGUAAACUAGUGUGUGGCCCGUUGUUAUUUUGUUAAGCUAAACUGCGGUACUGAUUCUAACCGGGAAUGUAGUGAUCAGCUGGUAGCUGUCCUAAUAAUCCUCACUAUCUCCACAUUGCUCCUGAAUUUUAACAAAGGUAAUGUAUGUAGUAGGCCUGUUUGGAUGAUUAAUUUCGCCAGAUUCUUUGGGUGCCGAACUGUUUUUGUAAAAACAUGCAAAAUUCGAGUGAAAUCCCUACAUUCUGAUUGGUUUCCUGUUGUUGGCGGAGGAUACGAGAGAUGCCGGAAUCGGGUUUUUGAUGGGCCAGCACGGAGUUGAAGCGAGUGUUUUUUUUUUUUAAAUCUUCUCUGCAAGAUUCCUGCUUGUAAAGGCAAAUGAUUUACCGCUGUUGUAGGUGGGGGGAUACGAAACGAAAUGAAGGAUCCCUUGGCGAAAACCAUGGCGGACGGCCGGGAAUGGGUUGGAUGAGGCCGCACGGAACUUUCCUUUUCGAAAUUUAAUAGCACGCGCGCGCGGUUGGUUCGAUCGAUCGACCGAGCGAGCGAGCGAGUUUUUCCCUUUUCUUUUGCUUCUUUGCCUUCUUCUUUAAAGAAGAAGCGACACAGCUCGUCGACCAAAAAAGCACGGCCCUCCUUGUGCUUGCCGAUGCCCGGCCACUAGCCAGAGCAGAUUAAGCUAAGCGAUUGAGCGGCGCCGGCACCGGCGCUCCGGCCAUGGCCUCGCGCUCCCUCCCACCUUCCCCAUGCUGACCACAUGCUAGUCCACCACCCAGCUCCCGGCCUUCUUCUUCACUCCACUCCGCUACUAGUCCACGUACGUACCCUUCAACCAACGGCUGCGGGGUAGAGAGGGGGAGAGGGACAGGUAGGUAGGCACGUACGUACGUGUGGGUAGGUGCCGAUGGUGACGGCGAGGGAGGCGGCGGCGGCGGCCAUGGACGCGAGCAAGUACGUGCGGUACACGCCGGAGCAGGUGGAGGCGCUGGAGCGGCUCUACUACGAGUGCCCCAAGCCGAGCUCGCUGCGCCGGCAGCAGCUGGUCCGGGAGUGCGCCGUGCUGGCCAACGUCGACCCCAAGCAGAUCAAGGUGUGGUUCCAGAACCGCCGCUGCCGGGAGAAGCAGCGCAAGGAGUCCGGCCGCCUGCAGUCGCUCAACCGCAAGCUCACCGCCAUGAACAAGCUGCUCAUGGAGGAGAACGACCGCCUCCAGAAGCAGGUCUCCCACCUCGUCUACCAGAACGGAUACUACCGCCAGCAGACGCACAGCGCGGGGCUGGCCACCACGGACACGAGCUGCGAGUCGGUCGUCACCAGCGGCCAGCAGAACGUCGUCGUCGUGCCGCCGCCGCCCCGCGACGCCAGCCCUGCUGGAUUGAUGUCCAUCGCCGAGGAGACAUUAACGGAGUUUCUGUCCAAGGCCACCGGAACCGCCGUCGAGUGGGUCCAAAUGCCUGGGAUGAAGCCUGGUCCGGAUUCCAUUGGAAUCAUCGCCAUCUCGCAUGGCUGCGCGGGUGUUGCUGCGCGAGCUUGCGGCCUCGUAGGCAUGGAGCCUGCCAAAGUUGCCGAAAUCCUCAAGGAUCGGCCACUCUGGCUGCGUGAUUGCCGGUCUAUGGAGGUAGUAAAUGUGCUGCCUGCUGGCAGCAAUGGCACGAUUGAGCUGCUCUACAUGCAGCUCUAUGCUCCGACGACACUAGCGCCAGCUCGUGACUUCUGGUUGAUGCGGUACACAUCCAUUCUCGAUGAUGGAAGCCUAGUGGUAUGUGAAAGAUCACUCAGUAGUAAGCAAGGAGGCCCAAGUAUGCCCCUUGUCCAGCCUUUCGUUAGAGGUGAGAUGCUUCCCAGCGGUUUCUUGAUCCGGCCUAGUGAUGGUGGAGGUAGCGUGAUUCACAUCGUUGACCAUUUGGACCUGGAGCCUUGGAGUGUGCCUGAAGUUGUGAGACCACUGUAUGAAUCUUCUGCCAUGGUGGCCCAGAAGAUGUCGAUGGCGGCCUUGCGCUAUCUCAGGCAAGUUGCUCAUGAAGAUACUCAUUCUGUAAUCACUGGAUGGGGCAGACAGCCUGCAGCCUUGCGAGCUCUGAGCCAAAAGCUCACCAGAGGUUUCAAUGAAACUCUCGGUGGGCUUGCUGAUGAUGGAUGGUCCGUGAUUGAGAGCGAUGGCGUAGAUGAUGUUUGUAUCUCCGUUAAUUCAUCCCCGAGCAAAGUGAUGAGUUGCACCGCAACAUUCAGUGAUGGACUACCCAUGGUUAGUACCGGUGUUCUUUGUGCAAAGGCGUCGAUGCUGUUGCAGGAUGUCUCUCCACCGUCACUACUGCGGUUUUUGCGGGAGCAUCGGUCGCAGUGGGCUGAUAGCAGUUUAGAUGCAUUCUUUGCUUCUGCGCUGAAGCCCAAUUUCUGCAAUUUACCUAUGUCUCGUCUUGGAGGAUUUAGUGGCCAGGUUAUACUCCCUUUGGCACACACGUUUGACCCUGAAGAAUUCUUGGAAGUUAUCAAGAUAGGAAAUGCCAGUAACUAUCAAGAUACACUGAUGCAUCGCGAUCUUUUCCUCUUACAGAUGUACAACGGGAUAGAGGAGAACACCAUGGGCACCUGUUCAGAGCUUAUCUUUGCACCCAUAGACGCAUCUUUUGGUGAUGAUUCCCCGCUGCUGCCUUCCGGUUUUCGCAUCAUUCCGAUUGACUCUCCUCUCGACACGUCUAGCCCGAACUGCACGUUGGACCUCGCAUCCACCCUUGAGGUUGGAACACCCGGAAGCAGGAUAACCGGUCACUCCAGGAGUGGCUCGAAGGCUGUGAUGACAAUCGCGUUUCAGUUUGCCUUCGAGAGUCACCUGCAGGACAGCGUGGCGGCCAUGGCGCGGCAGUACAUGCGCAGCAUCAUCUCGUCGGUGCAAAGGAUAGCACUGGCGCUGUCGUCCUCGCACCUCGUGCCCCAUGGAAGCUCUCAUCUCGUCCCCCCUGUUACUCCGGAGGCGGCCACGCUCUCCCGAUGGAUUGUCCAGAGCUACAGAUUUCACUUUGGGGCCGAGCUCAUCAAAGCCGCAGAUGCUGGCAGCGGCGAGUCGGCGCUCAAAGCCCUCUGGCAGCAUACCAGCGCCAUACUAUGCUGCUCUCUCAAGGCGAUGCCGGUGCUGACGUUCGCGAACCAGUCCGGGCUGGACAUGCUGGAGACGACGCUGGCGGCGCUCCGGGAGAUCACCAUGGACAAGGUGCUGGACUACGACCAGGGGAGGAAGAGCCUGCUGUGCGCGGACCUGAUGGCCAGCGUCGCGGAGCAGGGGUACGCGUGUGUCGAGGGCGGGACGUGCGCGUCGAGCAUGGGCCGGCCGGCGUCGUACGGGAAGGCGGUGGCGUGGAAGGUGCUCGACGACGGCGGCGCCGGCGCCGCCCACUGCGUCUGCUUCGCCUUCAUGGACUGGUCCUUCGUCUAGUCGAGGGAUGGACGAUCGUUUGUUGUCGCCAAGUCUCGAGCGAGCAUCAGACCUGAGUGAGAGUAACUUUGUGGGACUGGGUGCGGUGCAAUGUUUGGAUGAUGGUGGUGCUCUGUACGGAUUGAUGGUGUGCCGAGAUUGGUGAUGCUGUUUGCUUGAUCUGUACCACUUA